UGACGAAUCUGUUCCUCAGUGCGCGCGCAAUUUCUGAUGACAAACAACCAAGAUAAAAGGAAGAGACCGCCAGCUAGAGCAUCAUGGCCGAUUCUCCUUCAUCCAGCGACCAUCAAGAGGACUGGGGAGAAGAGAUGAUGGAGUUGAACAAGGAUUUAGAGAGAAUGAUUGAAGACGUGGAAAAUAUAUCAGUACAGCUGACGUGGAUGGCCUAUGACAUGGUGGUGCAGCGGACCAGUCCUGAUCUGGGGGACUCCCUACAGCGGCUGGAGGAAGAGUUCCUCCGCUGCAGGGCUGUCAUCUGUGGCUCCCCUGGGGAACAGGAGCUGAACCAGGGGAUGGGAUAGGAACUGGGACAGGGGCUGAACCAAGUGAUGGGGAUGGAGUGUCCUAGACCUGUACAUACCACCUCCAUCUCACUGACAGAAAUGUGAUUGGCUGUGAUUCACCGGGAAUGUCUGAUGUUCUGAAAUUGACCUUAAUCCAAAGCUAGUAGCCUGUGCCCUGUAUGCUUGUCUACAAUGUUGGUUAUAUGUAGACUAGAGUCCCAUAUCUGCAGCCUCUCUCUCUCUUUGACAGAAGCAGAAGCCACAGGAGAUAGAUGAUUGAGAUAGAUGACUCCUGCCCCACACUGCAUGCUGUCUAAACUGAGCAGCAGGCUGUUAUAUGGUGCUGUUAUAUGUAGAUUAUGGUUGUUUAUGUACCUGAGGACAGGGUGUUCAAUUAACUUUAGUGUUGUGUUAUGAAUUUGUGGUUUGCCUGUUUGGUCAAAUAAUAAGAUAAAACUUGAAUCGAGAA